ACUGCAUAAUUGUUUUACUCAUGAACCCCCCCCCCACAGUGACGGCUCGUACCCCUACGACCCCUCCAGCUGGCAGCAGCCCACCAAUCAGCCCACAGGAUCGCUCUCCGUGGUCACAACUGUCUGGGGAGUCACCAACCCCUCGGCCAGCCAGGGUCUUGGUGGAGGCGUGAUGGGGCCCGGGGCCAACCCAGGCGGGGGUCCCAUGAUGCAGGGCCCCGGGGGGUCGGGCAUGGCUGGCGGGCCCGGAGGCUACAUGGGCCAGCAGGGCUAUGGAGAGCCCAGCAAAGGCUACAUGACCCAGGGCAUGUACGGCCGUACGGGCGGGGCCUACACAGGAGGACCAGGCGGGUACACAGGGAGCUAUCCGUCGAACCCCGGAGGCUCCCGAGGCUCCGCUGACUUCACUCAGGCUGCCGCUGCCGCCGCCGUUGCUGCUGCUGCUGCCACGGCAACCGCCACUGCUACAGCAACCGUUGCCGCCAUCCAGGAGAAACAAAACCAGGAGAUGAACUAUGGACAGAUGGGUGGUCCAGCCUACAAUAACCAGUUCAUGGCCCACUCCGGCCCCCGCGGCCCUCCUGGCAUGGCUCCUGGAGGUAUGGGCCCAGGUCCAGGCCCCGCCAGAGGUCCCCCUUCAAUGGGCCCCAUGUACGGACCAGGAGGGGGCCCGCAGAGGGUCCCCCAGCACCCAAACUACGGCCCUGGACCACAGCAGGGACACCUGAGGCCCCCGCAGGGCCUCAAACGACCAUACAGCUCAGAGUCCUUCCCGGGAAUGUCCCAGCAGUACGGCGUUCCCGUCGGUUCCAGUGUGAACGUCAUGCCGGGUCCCGGAGGUGGCAGUGGAUCCAUGCCUGGUUCAGCUGGAGGCGGUCACGGUGGCCCCUACUCGGGCCCCAACAUGCAGUACCACCCAGGUCCCGCUGGUCCAGGUCCCGCCCCGCCACGGUCUGGCUCCUCCCCCUCCUAUCAGAGCCAUAAAAUGCCCCUCCCACCUCAGUACCCCCCCUCUGGACCCCCCAGUUCGCAGUACUACAAGGACCAGUUUAACGGGCAGGGCGGCUUAAACACUCUGACAGCAGGGGGCGCCGGAGGAGUGUACAACUCCUUCAACCAGCCAUCAGGGCCGGGGCGAGGGUUGCCAGGUUACCCCUCUUCUCCGGUUCCGGGAAACCCAACACCUCCCGUCACCCCCAGCAGCUCCAUGGCUCCGCCCUACAUGUCGCCUGGCAGCGGUGACGUCAAGCCGACGCCUUCUCCCUUCCUGCCUGACAUCAAACCCAACAUAGCUGGCCUGGCCCCUCCCCCGCCGACAGGUAACCCUAGCGACGACCUGCGGCUGACUUUCCCAGUGAGAGAUGGCGUGGUCCUGGAGCCCUUCAGAUUAGAGCACAACCUGGCCGUCAGCAACCACGUCUUCCAGCUGAGAGAGUCCGUCUACAAAACACUCAUCAUGAGGCCUGACCUGGAGCUCCAGUUUAAGUGUUACCACCACGAGGAUCGACAGAUGAACACCAACUGGCCCGCCUCUGUCCAGGUGAGCGUGAACGCGACUCCUCUCACCAUCGAGCGAGGUGACAACAAAACUUCCCAUAAACCUUUGUACCUGAAACACGUGUGUCAGCCGGGCAGGAACACCAUCCAGAUCACCGUCACCGCCUGCUGCUGCUAAAGAGGAACUUCAGCAGCGGCUCCAUCCCCGGGACGCCCGGGUUAAACGGCGAGGACGGCGUGGAGCAGACCGCCAUCAGGGUCUCGCUAAAGUGUCCCAUCACGUUCCGACGCAUCCAGCUGCCCGCCAGAGGCCAUGACUGCAGACACAUACAGUGUUUCGAUCUGGAGUCGUACCUGCAACUCAACUGUGAGCGAGGAACCUGGAGGUGUCCUGUGUGCAAUAAGACGGCUCUGUUGGAGGGUCUGGAGGUGGACCAGUACAUGCUGGGAAUCCUGAUCUACGUGCAGAACUCGGAGUACGAGGAGAUCACCAUCGACCCGGUGUGCAGCUGGAAGCCCGUCCCCGUGAAGCCCGACCUCCACGUGAAGGAGGAGCCUGACGGCCCCGUGCUGAAGCGUUGCCGGACGCUCAGCCCCAGUCACAUGGUCAUGCCCAACGUCAUGGAGAUGAUCGCCUCGCUCGGCCCAACCCCUUCCUCCUCCUCGUCCUCCUCCACCUCGGCGGUUCCCCCCUCCUCUUCCUCCUCGUCCCCAAUGCCCUACCCCUCCUUGCCCGGGGGGGGCGGCGGCAGCAACAGCAGCACGACGCCUGAGUACCCCGGAUCAGCUCCGUCCUUCCCCACGCUGUCGGCUCCGUUCUCCGACUUCAGCGGUCCGGGGACGCCCAGCAUCGGCGGCGACUUCUCCUCGCCCGGCCCCCCGCCCCUGUCCUACCAGUCGGAGCUCUCCAGCGCCCUCCUCACCGCUGACAAACCCCCCCCUCACCCGCUGGCUGGACAGAUGCCAGGCUCAGGCCGUAUGGACUCAACUUCCCAUGGUGCUCCUCUCCAGCAGCACCAGCAGCAGUCGCAGGGUCUCCAUGGCAACUCGCAAAUGGGGGGUGGCAACCAGAUGAUGCAGCGUAGCAACCAGAAUCCCCGUCUCCAAGGCGACGGCUCCUUUGGACUCGGGGGCCCGGCGGAUGUUCCGGAAACUUCUCUUGACUUGCUUCCUGAGUUGACCAACCCGGACGAGUUGCUGUCCUACCUCGGCCCUCCGGACCUGCCGAGCAACAACAACGACGACCUGCUGUCGCUGUUUGAGAACAACUGAAGCGCUCGCACGGCUCCGGGGUCGGCCACGCCGAGACGUCGCGGCAACAUCCGAACUUUAUUUUUUAUCCUCGCCGCCAACAUGGCACCGUCUGCACAGGAAGGGGCGGACCGUGAGGAGGAAGGAAAACAAAAUGGCGACUUUUGAAUCUAAAAAAUCUUUUUGUGUGAUUAUGAACUCCAUGGUAACUUUAUUUUAUUGUUUUUAAUUGUGUUUCGAUGCUUCAUCCUUCAUUCCCUGUCAGUUCAAAGAGGCGCCACAGCGCUGCUUUCACGUACCUGCCCCGCCCACAGCGAUGUCACCCAGUCGCUCUUCGUGUAACAGCACAACACUGACAUCUGAUUGGCUGUCAGUGUUUUGGCUCAGCCCGUGAUUCAGGUUAUUCCAGUGCGGCUGGCGUCCUUUGCGGUUCCAGCUGUUGGUGGGUGUGAAACCCGUGAAGGCAGCAGUGUGGCGCGUCACAGCCGGGAGUUUCGGUGCAAAGAUGGCUGCAGACGAGCUGUAAGCGGCGUCUUUUCCCACGGACACGCUUUCCUUUCUCACUGGAGAUGCUGAGGGGUCCACGCCCGGCCCCGGCGUGCAACACGGACCUCCUGAUGACCAAUCAGAGAGAGGCAACACGGGCGACUGUAGCUGCUCAGCCUCCUCCCCUCAUGUUAUGAGGGUUUUUUGUAAGCGGGCUGGUUGACCUUUGACCUGGCUGCAGUCUGCACAUGUGGCUUACUCACAUCUGGGCUGAAGCUGCAGUGACAAACGCUGGUUCAUCUUCAUCAUCAUCCUGUGUUGUUGUAUAGUGACUUAGAGUCCAACAGUUGUGGUGUCUCCAUGGAAACCUGUACACGAUGAUUCAGUAACGAUGCUCAUAACAUAAAGUUUGUAAUUUAAUAAACAGACACUGGAAAGACA